AUGGGAAAACAAGGAUCACCGAGAAGUCCUCGACCCGAAACAGUGGAUAAAGAAGAGAAAAUUGGGAGGAGAAGUUUGGAUUCUUUAUCUGGAAAUGAUCUCUUCAUUGGUAGAAGAAUAUAUGGAACUGAAGUUUCCAAGGCUCAGGGAUCUAAACAUGACCAAAGCUGUGGCAGUAGCAACAAGUUUAGUUACUCUUGGAAGAAGCAACAUUCAUGGCUUCGUAGGAACUUGAAGUCCAUUGUUCUGAUGAUCUCAGUCACAGGUUUCAUUUUCUUCUUCGAUUCCAUUAUGGUUUCGAUCUUUCCUUCAGAUAAUAGCGCCGUGGUGCAGGACUUCUCAAAGUUGAGCUAUGAGACUCCGCAUAAGAAUUUUGAUCAAGAUGCUUCACCGGUGCAAAUGUAUAGCCGUCUACUAAACUUAGCUUCAAAUUCUCUUGCAAAGAAUGUAUUCAAACCCGAUACACCGAAUUUCCGUGAAGAAAGAUCUUCAAAGUCAUCACAGUGGAAGCCUUGUGCAGAUAAUAACAAAGCAACCACGGCAUUAGUAAGGUCUAGAGAAUUAAGCAAUGGUUACAUCAUGGUUAGUGCAAAUGGUGGCCUUAAUCAACAGCGUGUGGCUAUUUGUAACGCUGUUGCUGUUGCUGCUCUGCUCAACGCUACUCUAGUUCUUCCUCGGUUUCUUUACAGCAAUGUAUGGAAAGAUCCUAGCCAAUUUGGUGAUAUAUACCAAGAGGACCGUUUUAUCGAGCAUCUGAAAGAUGAGGUGGAUAUAGUGAAGGAACUUCCUCAACAUCUAAAAUCUACAGAUGACAAGAAUCUCAGCUUGGUUACUGAUACAGAGCUUGUAAAAGAGGCAAAGCCAGUGGAUUACAUCGAACACGUUCUUCCAUUGUUAAAGAAGUAUGGAAUGGUUCAUCUUUUCGGAUAUGGGAAUCGCCUCGGUUUUGAUCCGUUGCCUUUUGAUGUUCAGAGAUUACGAUGUAAGUGCAACUUUCACGCGCUGAAAUUCGCGCCAAAGAUUCAAGAAGCAGGAUCUCUGUUGGUGAAACGGAUAAGAAGAUAUGAAACAUCGCGUAGCAAAUUGGAUGAAGCAUUGCUUGGUGAAUCCAUGGCGAGAAAUUCUGUUAAAGGAGGAGAUCAAGAACCACUAAAGUAUCUUGCUUUACAUCUACGGUUUGAAGAGGACAUGGUUGCUUACUCUCUAUGUGAUUUUGGAGGAGGAGAAACCGAACGUAAAGAGCUUCAAGCGUACCGAGAAGAUCAUUUCCCUCUUCUCCUCAAACGUUUAAAGAAAUCAAAGUUUGUUUCUCCAGAAGAGCUGAGGAAAACAGGAAAGUGUCCAUUAACACCAGAGGAAGCAACUCUAGUUCUUGCUGGUCUUGGAUUCAAGAGAGGAACAUAUAUAUACUUAGCAGGAUCUCAAAUCUAUGGAGGCCCUUCUCGUAUGCUUCCACUAACAACUCUUUACCCAAAUCUCGUGACCAAAGAAACUCUUCUUACACCACAAGAACUCGCGCCAUUCAAGAACUUCUCUUCUCAGCUAGCUGCACUGGAUUUCAUAGCUUGUGCAGCUUCAGAUGUGUUUGCAAUGACUGAUUCUGGUAGUCAGUUAUCCUCCUUAGUCUCUGGAUUUAGAACAUAUUAUGGCAACGGUCACGCGCCAACGUUGAGGCCUAACAAGAAGAGGCUUGCAGCGAUCUUAUCAGGCAGUGAAACAAUAAAGUGGAAGACAUUUGAAGAUCGCGUGAGAAAAAUGGUAGAGGAAGGUAACAAAGUUCGUCUUAGGCCUUAUGGACGAAGUAUUUACAGACAACCGAAAUGUCCCGAGUGUAUGUGUAAAUUUUGAUCCUUGAAACUGUCUGAAAUUUUUUGAUGUUACGUCAGUACAAAAUAGAAUAAAGUCACUGUAUAUUUUGUAAUCACUAUAUAA